AUGUACGUUUAUAAAAGAGAUGGACGUAAGGAGCCUGUCCGCUUUGACAAGAUCACUGCUAGAGUUCAAAGGUUAUGUUAUGGGUUAGAUACUACACACGUCGAGCCAGUUGCUAUCACACAAAGGGUUAUUUCUGGUGUUUACCAAGGGGUCAACACUAUUGAAUUAGAUAACUUGGCUGCUGAAACUGCUGCUUAUAUGACUACAAUCCACCCUGACUAUGCUAUUUUGGCAGCAAGAAUCGCCGUUUCCAACUUACACAAACAAACUACCAAACAAUACUCCCAAGUCAGUAAAGAGUUGUAUGACUACGUUAAUCCAAAGACUGGUUUACACUCACCUAUGAUUUCCAAAGACACAUAUGAUAUUAUUCAAGCCAAUGCAAAUGAGUUGAACUCCGCUAUUGUGUUUGAUCGUGAUUUCAACUACAACUAUUUCGGAUUCAAGACCUUGGAAAGAUCUUACUUGUUGAGAAUCAACGGUAAGGUUGCCGAAAGACCACAACAUUUGAUCAUGAGAGUCGCAGUCGGAAUCCAUGGUAAUGACAUCGAAAGAGUCAUCGAAUCGUACAACAUGAUGUCCCAAAGAUUUUUCACACACGGUUCUCCAACGUUGUUUAAUGCUGGUACUCCUAGUCCUCAAAUGUCGUCUUGUUUCUUGGUUGCUAUGAAGGAUGACUCUAUUGAUGGUAUCUACGAUACCUUGAAGACAUGUGCCUUGAUUUCCAAGAGUGCUGGUGGUAUAGGUUUACAUAUCCACAACAUUCGUUCUACUGGUGCUUACAUAGCUGGUACCAAUGGUACUUCUAACGGUAUCAUCCCUAUGGUUCGUGUUUUUAACAACACUGCUCGUUAUGUCGAUCAAGGUGGUAACAAGAGACCAGGUGCCUUUGCCCUUUACUUAGAGCCAUGGCAUGCGGAUAUCUUCGAUUUCAUAGAUAUCAGAAAGAAUCAUGGUAAGGAAGAAAUUAGAGCUAGAGAUUUAUUCCCUGCCUUAUGGAUUCCUGAUUUAUUCAUGAAGAGAGUCGAGCAAAAUGGUGACUGGACUUUAUUCUCUCCAAAUGAAGCUCCUGGUUUAUCAGAUGUCUACGGUGAUGAAUUCGAAGAAUUGUACUCCAAGUAUGAAAAAGAAAAUCGCGGUAGAUCGGUUGUCAAGGCGCAAAAAUUAUGGUACGCCAUUUUAGAUGCUCAAACUGAAACUGGUACUCCAUUCAUGUUAUACAAAGAUGCUUGUAACAAAAAGACAAACCAAAAGAAUUUAGGUAUUAUUAAGUCAUCCAACUUAUGUUGCGAAAUUGUUGAAUACUCUGCUCCUGAUGAAGUGGCUGUUUGUAACUUGGCUUCCAUUGCUUUACCAUCUUUUGUUGAGAAGGAUAGCACCUCAAGUUGGUACGAUUUCGAAAAGUUGCAUGAAGUUACUAAGGUUGUGACCCGUAACUUGAACAGAAUUAUUGACCGUAACUACUACCCAGUUCCGGAAGCAAGAAACUCGAAUAUGAGAAAUAGACCAAUUGCCUUAGGUGUCCAAGGUUUAGCAGAUGCAUUUAUGGCAUUAAGAUUACCAUUUGACUCCCAAGAAGCUAAGGAAUUAAACACUCAAAUUUUCGAAACCAUUUAUCACGGUGCUGUCGAAGCCUCCAUUGAAUUGGCUGAAGUUGAAGGGCCAUACCAAAGCUAUGAGGGAUCUCCAGCCUCUAAGGGAAUCUUGCAAUUUGAUUUAUGGGACAGAAAGCCAACUGAAUUAUGGGACUGGGAUACUUUGAAACAAAAGUUAGCUAAGCAUGGUAUUAGAAAUUCUUUGUUAGUUGCUCCAAUGCCAACUGCCUCAACCUCUCAAAUAUUAGGUUACAAUGAAUGUUUCGAGCCAUAUACUUCAAAUAUUUACUCCAGAAGAGUUUUGGCUGGUGAAUUCCAAAUUGUCAACCCAUACUUAUUGCGUGAUUUAGUUGAUUUAGGUAUCUGGAAUGAUGAUAUGAAGAACAACAUUAUCUCCAAUAACGGUUCUAUUCAAUCCUUACCUAACAUUCCAGAUGAAUUAAAGGCCUUAUACAAGACCGUUUGGGAAAUUUCUCAAAAGCAUAUUAUUGACAUGGCUGCAGACAGAGCUGCUUUCAUUGAUCAAUCACAAUCUUUAAAUAUUCACAUCAAAGACCCUACUAUGGGUAAAUUAACUUCAAUGCAUUUCUAUGGUUGGAAGAAGGGUUUGAAGACAGGUAUGUAUUACUUAAGAACUCAAGCUGCUGCUGCUGCUAUUCAGUUUACUGUGGACCAAAACUCAGUCAAUAAUGCUUCCAAGAGUAUUGCUUCCUUAGAAAAAUUAAACCAAAGAAAAUAUAUUGCUAAACCAGUUUCUAGCAAUAAUGACUCUGGUGUCUCUACUGAGCCAACUUCGUUAGAAAAUUCGGUAGCUGAUUUAAAAAUCACCGAUAACUCGAAUGCCUCAAACAACGAUGAAUCAGCUGCAACUGAAUCAGCUGAAGGCCAAGAAGCAGGUGAUAUUUACAGCUCAAAGGUUAUUGCAUGUGCUAUUGAUAAUCCUGAAUCGUGUACUAUGUGUUCCGGUUAA